AUGGAGGUGAAACUGACCACGUUGACCUUGCUGAUCUGCCUCCUCGGUCUGUCGGAGGGCGCUCAAAGAGGCAGCAUCAGAAUGGGGGACCUGACGGAAGGUUACCCGAUCCAUUUCGAGAUCCACGACAAGAUAGGUAUCCCAGGAAUGAAGAGGGACGAAGAUAUCGAAGUGAAAGCCGUGGGCGAAGAGGAGAUUACGUCCGUGCACAUCGCCGAUUUGGCUGGGAACGGCGAGAGCUCCGUCACGGGCGGCGGCGUCGGCGCCAACUACGUCAAGAUCCACCUGGCCGGCGCCAGGGGAGAGCCCUACAGGUUCCUGGUCGAAGUGCGCGCUGAGAAGUUU